UUUUGUGUCGUUUAGCGAGUACACCUGUCUCAGAUCGCCGCAAACUUUGAGAGGGAAAAGAAGGAUACCAUCUCGAAUCCAUUCGGUAUUGUUAUAAAGUUAUAAGAAUUACGAAACACGAGUGUUCGCGAAAGCCGUAUCAUCACGUCAAUUGGCCCAAUAAAACGUGCGAUGAACAAGUUUCGUUUGUAUCUUUUGUUACAAUUAUGCGUGCUGACCGCGUCUCAGAAAACGGCUUUAGAUUCGCCGAUAAAUUUGUACUUCUAUCGUCAAAUUCGUAAUUGGUUUUUCCAAAAUAUCGGUGUAAGAAAUGAGGGACGAUCAGCACGAAAUGAAAGAAAAUUUCAAAAGCAAGUUCCAACAGACGUUCCAUUUCCUUGUAACGUUACAGAUGGUAGAUCUCCUAAAGUUCCCGACUCAGUUCAUCAUCUGAGACCAGGUGACAUAGAUGUUAUUGCCGCGAUGGGCGAUUCUUUGACAGCCGGAGCUGGAAUUUUUGCAACUAAUUUAUUGGAGCUGCCCAUUGAGAAUAGAGGUGCAUCAGCGAGUAUUGGUGGUCAAGGAACUUGGCGUACAUAUUUGACGCUUCCCAAUAUUUUCAAAGAAUUCAAUCCCAAAUUAAUAGGCUAUGCACUUGGAGAUUCUUUGACUACUCAACCAGCUUCACAGUUAGAUGUCGCUGAAAUUGGCGCAAUGUCCAGAGAUAUGCCAUUUAUGGCCAAACAUCUAAUCAAUAAAAUAAGAAAUGACCCGAGGAUAAAUAUGAAGAAACAUUGGAAGUUGAUUUUCUUGUUCAUUGGACACAAUGAUUUUUGUACCGAUAUAUGUGCACUGCCUUCUCCAUGGUCUGUUUUGGAUAACCAUAGAACUGAUCUAAUUAAUACUCUUAGGAUAUUAAGAGACAACAUACCUAGAACUUUCGUCGCUAUUCAGGUAAUGCCUCAUUUAAAAGAACUCGUUGCUACACGUGAAGGAAGAAACUCUUUGAAAUGCUAUAUAAUGACUACCAUUGAAUGCUCAUGUUUAUUCGCUUUGCAAUUCAGAGAUCGAAGACAGGAGUAUUAUGAAAUAAUAAAUAGGUGGCAAGAAUUAGAAGAAGAAGUGGUUAAUUAUUCAGAAUUUCAUAGAAAUGACUUCACUGUAGUGAGUUUACCAACUCUGAAACACGCAAAGGUACCACUUGCCAAGGAUGGAUUUGCUGAUUUGUCAUAUCUUUCUGCUGAUUGUUUUCACCUAAGUCAAAAAUCUAAUGCACUAUUGGCAAAUAAUCUAUGGAACAAUUUGCUAGAACCAGUUGGUAACAAGUCUUCCACUUGGACUCCACUACACGGAAGAUUUUUAUGCCCUACCUUGGAAAGACCGUUCUUGAUGACACGUGAAAAUUCACACAAUUUUUUCUACAUUAAAGACACGCCCCUAGUUUAAUAUUAUACAAUUGAAAUAGUAGUCAUUGAGAUUUGGUAUAGUAGACACAAAGUGCCAUUUUAGUCCACAAUUAAAUUUUCUUAAUAUAGUAAAUAUUUAUUUAUAAUUGUUAACAAAGUUAUUUUUCCAGAUAUCUCUGUUAUUGCAUGUAAUCUCAUCACGAACUUUAUUCAUUUCACAGCUGCACUUACUACUUUAUAUGUCAUACUAAUUUUCAUUAGCGUUCUUAUUUUUUAUUUUUUAAACACUUUGAUAUACCAUACACGAUAUAUGCUUUGAUAUACGCAGAAAAAGGAGUGUAAACGUCGAUGAAUUUUUAAAUUUCAAACGAAGGAUGAUUUUAAUAUUGUUUCAGAGAUACUCAAUAUAUGUUCGGGAUUUUGGAUGGUCCUCAGUUUACAGUACGGACGGUACAUUUGCUAUUUUUUGGAAAGUUGGAAUUUUCCACGCUAUGUAUUGUAAGGUUUACAAUUCGGACCGCGUCGAAAAAAUAAUUGGCAUCUUAAGCACUCGGCGGAUCCUCUCAACAGUAAAUCACGUGACAUAAACCUCGAUACCAGAUGAAACUCGACAAUAGACUAAGGACCAUGGCAUCAACUGGACGUUACGCUAUGCUCACAACAAUUCGACAGUUACAGGAUUGGGCAGAAACAGUUUCCUACUUCAUAGGAAAUGUUGACUAAAACACCCCCCCCCCCCCCCCUAGACUGACAGUUAGCCCUUAACGCUUCAAAUAUGCCUCUGAAACAUCACCGAUGUGCUGCGUUCUAUUCCAAGUGUGCCUCUCAAGCACUGUAAAUAAAACCAAUCAAUAACGUCAAAAUGUUGUUUCCUGAGAAAAUCGUUGAAAUGGUGGCAGAAAUUGUUUUUUUGGGGAUUAGAAACAAGCUUAAUAAAUGCUUAUAUACUUUACAAGAUUUUUCAGGAAAGGAAAGGAGAAAGUAUGAUGUGAAUAAGCUGGAGUUGCCGGUCGAUAUUCACAAUUAGAAGUCGGAGCGUUAAGGGUUAGAAUAUAAGCACCAGGUGCUUCAAGAGACAACAGAUUUAUCACACACUCGCCCACGUUUAAAAUCCGUUACUUACAGUUCAUAUUCUCUCGUUUAUACUAAAUAGUUCAAACAAACCUAUUAAACACAAGCUUACUUACUAAGAAACAAACUGAUCUCACACCGAAACGUAAGUCGCACACUUGUUUUUUGAGUCACCUCCAUAAAUCUCCCUCACAUUCUUGCUUAAAUUAUCGGAGCCAUAAUUCACACGAGUCUACCAUGGCUCCUAAUUAAGAAGAACGCAUAAAAAUUUUAAAACUGCAACCCGUAGCGUUCAAGAUAGAAUUAGAAUCGUUUCAAACGGUACUUGAUACCUAUAAUGAAGAAGCGUCAGCAACAAUCAUUCGGAUUUAUUUGGAAGUAUUAAAAACAGAAUUUACCGCAUUUAAAAAAGUUCAAAGCAGAUUGGAUGAUACAGACGAUGGUCAGUUAAUGGAUGAAUAUUUUACCAUAAAUUAGGGCUCUAGAUAUAAUUGAAAAUGCAAAAACGCGGAUAAGAGAGCAAACCGAAAUUAAUACGCGAAACCCAUCAAACAAGAACAAGAACCGCCUGAGCGGGUUGAAGUCUCGGCUUAUAUAUUUCUUGGUUUAUGAUGUUGGGGGGGGGGGGCUCGGUGUAGGUUAUGAUAUGGAAAAGUGUCCGAAGGUCGGGGGUCGAUGUCUUAUCUAUGAUGUGGACUAAGGUGUGUCAUAGCUUCUGUGUAGGCUAUGAUGAUAAGGUGGUGAUGUGUCCAAAGGAGUCCGAAGCUCAGCGAUUGAUAUCCUAUCUUUGAUGCGGGUUGAUAUGUGAUUGAUGUCACACCAUAAACGGCACCAUUCUCUUCCGCAUUUGAAUACGUUUAAUUCAUCACAGCCAGCUCAAACACAUCUAAUAUGUCAUUCGUCCCAUAUAUCUUCAAAUGUUAUCUUGUCGACUUCUAUCAUAAAUAUCACCGAUCGGAACGGAGACGCAUAACCGUGUACAGACUUACGACAUUCCUGUUCCGAGACACAUUUUCCGAUCGAAAAAAUAUGAAAGCGUCACAGUUUAAACACGCACAGAGUUGCCGUACUGUUACGUGGCACCAAUCAAAUGACAUCGCAGAUCAAUCAAAUGAUUCGUGCGAAAAUCUAGUCACACAUCAGUAAUUAUACGACAGAAUUGACAUUUCUAAUUAUUAAUGAAGUGCCGUCACUAGUUUCGCUAGAAAAUGUUAAUCGCGACAAUUUAAAAAUAUCACGUGAUCCAACAUUUGAUCGAUGUCUGUCUGAUAUCGAUGGUCUCCUUGGAGCUCAUCCGUUUUGGGACUUCGUUCGCGUAGGAAAAAUUAGCCUAACGUACCAGGAAAUUCAAUUACAUAACACAGAAGUAGGCUGGAUCCUCACGAGCGAAACGAUAGAAAAUGGCACUACCUGACCAUAUUAAAACCUUUAGGAACAUAGAGGAACGCUCUUCAACGAGAAUUCUUUAUCCAGAAGAACACGGAACACUCUACACAACACAUUCCACAUGCGAUUCAACUGGAAGGCAAGUGUAUAAUUACGAAACUAUUUGUUAAACAAUCGCAUAAAUUGGCACUUCAUCCUACCUCGCGCACCACUCUUAGGUGGAUUAUAGGAAGCCACCGCUAAGUCACCCAAACACAUCGUGAUUCUCAUGGUAGGAAACACAUUAUUCGCAUACCAAGAAUUAUCCACUAACGUGAUAGAAAUUGAGGCGAGUUUGAAGUUCAGACCAUUGAUUCCAUUAUCCUCGGAUCCCAAUGACCACAGUCCGUUGACAAGUCAUUUCCUAAAAUGUGACUCAUUAACAAGUACUCUAGAGUGCAAUCUUACAACAUUCAAAACAGGACGAUUGUCCGCGUGGCAAAAAAAUACAACCACCGAGACAACACUGGUGGAACAUAUGGGAUAAAGAAUAUCUCUAUCAACUAAUGAUUGGGGAAAAGUGGCAUCAGCAUGGCACAACAAAAUCCAAGGAAAGCGUGAUGGUCGUAUCAAGGUUUAUACCACGUGGUUUACUGUUGAGAGGACCAGUCGAGUGCUUAGGAUGCUAAUUAACCUCUCGACACGGUCCAAAUUGUAAUCCUUAUGUAGUGUGGGAAAUUCCAACUUCCCAAAAAAUAGUAGAUGUGCCAUCCGUACUGCAAACUGAAGAAUCCAAAAUCCUGAGCAAUGUGAUUUCUAAUUAUUUAUCUGUUCUUUAUUUUUUAUUCUUUCGUUCUUGAUCACUUGUUUUUUCAUUUUUGUCAAAAUAAAAAAUUAAUUAUGAAAUAUAUUUCAGAAGAAUCGAACUUUUUAUUUGUUAAAUAUUAUGUAUAUUUUGUUCAGCCAAGUCAAAAUUAUUCAGUUUUAGAGGAAAACAAACUUCCACAGCAAUUACCAAAUACAAAGCUAUUUUUUUCUAUUUUUUUUAUUGUUAAAGAUAAUAUUGUAAAUGAAAAAGAUUGUAUUGUUAUUGCAACCACAUUUGCAGAUAUAACAAUUGUGUGUAAAAUAAUAAAUAAAAUAUUGAUUUAUAUAUAGAAUUA